AUGUUGUAACUGUUGAUAUGAUUGAAGAUGUUCCUGUCUGCUAUGGUAGGACAAACUGAUAAGGGACUGUCAUCUUUUAUUAAUAAUGUUAAGUGCAUGCUGCGACAUCUAUUUCUUUACUCGUACUGCCUGGUAAACACCCUGACACACAACAUACACACACACACACACACACACGCAUACACACCACACACAGAUAUUCACACACGUACACACACACGCGCACACACACGUAUACACACACACACACACACACACACACACACUUGUGAUGUAUUUUUAUUUCACGAUUUCUGUUCAUUUUUAUUGUUUACUUAUGUGUUACGGAAAGUGUUCCCUGAAA